AUGUCAUUUACACUAGAGGACGCUAAACAUGUCGUUUAUCCUCAUGACGACCCUUUAGUAGUAACUCUGAAAAUCUCGAAUUGCUUGGUCCAUAGAAUUUUGGUAGAUGGAGGCAGCUCCGCAAACAUUCUAUAUUUGUCAAUAUUUGAAAAGCUCAUGAUUGGCUGGGAGUAUUUGAAGCUGGUCGGAUACCCGGUCAUUGGAUUCACAGGAGCGUCAGUGGUACCACAAGGAUUAAUUUCGCUCCCGGUGCGCAUUGGAGAAGACGACACAACCAGAGAUGUCAUGGAUGAAUUUCUGGUGGUGGAUGUCCCGGGAGUGUACAAUGUUAUCAUAGGGCGUCUCUUCAUUCAUGACGCCCAAGGUGUCUUCUCAACUUAUCAUCUGACAAUGUUGUAUGUGUCCAAUGGCGGAUUUACAUCAAGGUUGAAGGGUAACCAGGAGAUGGCAAGGUCAUGUUACUUAACGGCAUUAAAGCAGCCUGCCACGAGGUUCCCAAUAGAAAACCGCGACCCACCAUCAAGGAAGCAAAGAAUAGCCCAAAGAAAAGCCCAGGCUGAACAAAGGGAAAACAGUGAAGCGAAUGAGGUGGAAACAGUCCGGAAGGGUAAGACAAUACCGAUGGAAGAUCUAGUGUCCCGGCCAGAGGAUGAGCCGAGACCAAAACCAGAUGGAAAAAUUAGGCAAGAAAUGCUGGGAAAUGAUUCUGCUUGA